AAAAAGAACAUCGAAUAAAUGGAUAAUGGCGGGCUCGAGGGAGCGUCUCCUUUACGAGAGGAAGCCUGAUUACGACUCCGAAUACUAUCGUCAAAGAUUCGAGCUACACGAUCGGGAAUCGAACAGGAAUCGGCAGGAACAAAAGCCGCCGCGCUACUACAGACCGAAACGUACCAACGGGUACGUCUACGAAGACAUAUACUCGGACUUCGACGAGGCGCAGGGCCGGCUGUCCCUGUUCAGGCCAAUCAGACCGGAGUACCUAAACCUGCCGACUUCGUAUGACGUUAAAUACAAUUCCCUACCCCGAAACUACUUCGAUUACGACGAAAGACGAAGAAACAGGAAAGACAAUUACGAUUUUCGAAUCCAUAACGAGAGGAGGAAUGCCGAGUAUUACCGGAAAAGGCCGAGAGAGGUCGUGAGCGAAAUACGAAAUUCAAAGCCCAAGAACGUGGCGGUCUGCAAGCCGUUACGUUUCGAAAAGAACGCUCGGUAUUGGACCACGGACCCGCCCGAGCGCGGCCGAACACGCCCGAAGAAACCCGACGAACCAAAGAAGAACGUUAAGUUCUCCGAAGUUUCCGGCUGCAAUCGUAAAAUGAUCGUAGACGACCCGAUCGUAGGCCGGAAAAUCGUCCCAGUGCGCGAACUCGAAGUGUCUCUAGACCAAAUGAUUCAGAGUGGAUAUUUCGAGAAGCAUAACAUUCCUAUAUCUAGGCCGUUGAAAGAUGCAGAGGAAAAGAUAAGCGCGUUGGAGCCGACGAGAGUGGUGCCAAACGGGAAGUGUUUAUCGGACCAGCCCAGGAACGAAAAUGUCGCAGUCAGGAAGACUAGGCAUUUACCGCAGGUCUUGGCAGCCCUUGCUGUGUCUCUGGCGCCAUUCUCAGCUGGUCUCGGUAAGGGCUACAGUUCUCCGGCCAUCGCUUCUCUUCAAGGACCUGGAGCCAAUGCCACCAGAAGGGAUUUCCAGUUGACCGACCAGCAGGCGAGCUGGCUAGCAUCACUGUCGUUUCUUGGGGCGCUCUUCGGUGGAAUGGCCGGUGGUGCCGCCAUGAGGCACGGGAGACGCCGCGUCCUCUCAUUAGCAGCAGCGCCCUGCAGUCUAUCCUGGUUGCUGACAGUACUGGCUACGUCAGUCAGGAUGAUGUGCAUUACUGCCUUCCUGGGAGGGUUUUGCUGCUCCAUACUAACCAUGCUAUCUCAGGUGUACAUCAGUGAAAUCUCAGUGCCUGACAUAAGAGGAUGUCUGAGCGCGGUUUUGAAGAUCGUCGGCCAUCUUGGAGUACUCUUUAGCUUCACUAUAGGAGCGUAUUUGGAUUGGCAACAAUUAGCUCUGUGCAUUUCUGCUGCUCCCCUACUACUUUUUUGCACAGUUCUAUACAUCCCGGAGACCCCCAGCUACCUUGUUCUGAUCGGUAAAGACGAAGAAGCUUACAAAAGUCUUCUAUGGCUACGAGGUCCUGAUUCAGAUGUUGCACAGGAGCUAGCCACGAUUCGUACUAACGUGCUGGCUAGCAAGAAUUUCAGUCAACGCCACCAAAUAUCCAAUGGUCAAUUGUUUAGUUCUCUUGACGCUAGGACCAUGAAUCGGUUGCUUGGGCCCAUCAUUGUGACCUGCGGUCUGAUGAUGUUCCAAAGACUGUCUGGAGCCCAUGCAUUCUCGUUCUACGCUGUACCGAUUUUCAGGAAGACAUUUGGAGGUAUGAACCCACACGGAGCGGCCAUUGCUGUGUCCUUUGUCCAAUUACUGGCCUCUUGUCUCUCUGGGCUGCUCAUCGAUACUGUGGGUAGGCUGCCACUGUUAAUACUCAGUUCUGUGAUGAUGUCAAUGGCAUUAGCCGGCUUCGGGAGUUACGCUUACUAUGAAGAGGUCCACCGUAACCAGAGAAUACAAAGCGUUAUGUUCCAUCAGACCGAUGGUCAAAACGAUUGGAUCCCGCUUUUAUGCGUUCUGGUGUUCACAAUUGCCUUCUCACUAGGAAUGAGUCCUAUAUCAUGGUUGUUAAUCGGGGAAUUAUUUCCCCUCGAAUACCGGGCAUUUGGGAGCGCAAUGGCAACAGCUUUUAGCUAUCUGUGCGCGUUCGUAGGAGUCAAGACCUUUGUGGAUUUCCAACAGGCGCUAGGACUCCAUGGGGCAUUCUGGUUAUACGCAUCAAUUAGUGUGGGGGGAUUGUGUUUUGUGGUCUGUUGCGUGCCGGAGACUAAAGGGAAGGAUCUCGAUGAAAUGGACCCGAAUUAUGUACAAAGUUUGUCCCCUAAAAGGUAG